AUGGUAUUGUUCUCAUCGACCUUGUACUAUUCCUGUUCUCUUCGAAACCCCCGCCAUCGGAAUCACAGCAAUACGACGCCGUCGCCUUCGAACCCUUGCUCGCCUUCCCCCUAUUCGUCUCACCCUAAUUCCUCGUAUGGUCACCGCCCAGGGCGUAAUUGGGAUUUCAUUACAUUCUCCGGUAAUAAUCACUCGCUCCCCCAUGAUUUUCGUUUUCCCGUGUUUGGAAUAAGAAGUAUCUGGAAGCAACAGAGCUUCGGAGCUCGAGCAACGACCAUAACUGAAGGGAACUUUUCAUCACCGAGGGCCAUGGCUAAAGACGAACUUAAGCCCGAUCAUCUACUUGUUCUUGUUCAUGGCAUCAUGGGGAGCCCGAGCGACUGGACGUAUUUUGAAGCAGAGUUGAAGAGGCAGUUAGGAAGAAGCUUCUUGAUAUAUGCGAGUUCAUGUAAUACAUACACCAAGACAUUAUCCGGCAUUGAUGGUGCUGGUAAACGCCUGGCUGAUGAAGUCACAGAAGUUGUGAAGAAGACGGAGAGCUUGAAGAAGAUAUCCUUUUUGGCACAUUCUCUUGGUGGAUUAAUUUCAAGAUAUGCAGUGGGUGUUCUGUACACACCAAAUAUUGAUCAGCCUUACUAUAUAACUACCUCGACCUCAACAAAUUCGGAAAAAUCGUGCUCUUCGGUUAAUGGUUUGAUUGCUGGGCUGGAAGCAAUCAAUUUUAUCACGCUUGCUACGCCUCAUCUCGGAGUGAGAGGAAAUAAGCAGCUUCCAUUUCUUUUGGGAAUGACGUUCUUGGAGAAACUUGCUGUCCCAGUUGCCACGAUUUUUGCUGGCCGAACGGGUCGUCAACUCUUCCUUACAGAUGGAGAUCCCGAAAAACCACCUCUGUUACUAAGAAUGGCCUCCGAUUGUGAAGAUGGAAAAUUCAUAUCUGCACUCGGCGCUUUCAAACAUCGGUUUCUUUACGCUAAUGUCUCGUAUGACCAUAUGGUUGGUUGGCGAACUUCCUCGAUAAGAAGGGAAAGAGAACUUGCUAAGCCACCUAGUCAAUCAUUGGAUGGUUACGAACAUAUUGUCAAUGUCGAGUACUGCCCGCCAGUCUUGACAGAGAGUCCCGAUUUUUCUCCAGAAGCAGCCAAAGCAAAAGAGGCUGCACAAAACGAACCCAACACGAAGAACACCACAGAAUAUCACGAGAUUAUGGAAGAGGAGAUGAUCGAUGGCUUACAACGGCUUGGCUGGGUAAAAGCUGAUGUUAGCUUCCACUCGGCUUUCUGGCCAUUCCUAGCUCAUCACAACAUUCAUGUAAAAGUUAAAAAUUGCAAACUGUAA